AUGACCAUCUUCUGUUUCAUUAUUGUUUUUUGCUUUGCAAUAUUGACCGUCACUCAAACAUCAGUUUUGCCGGAAUCAGAAGCAAAGUCGAGUGGAUUUAGCAUUGAGCUGAUCCACUCUGCUUCUAAGAGGUCUCCGGCUUCUCUUUCCAUGGAGUUGGUUCCGGAGCCUCUUGGCAUGUUCCAAGCACAUUCACAUUCGGUGAAAAUGCUUGGGGUACUAUUCACCCCCAUUAGCUUGAACCCUAAUGAACCUUUCUACUUACUAACUCUCGUGGGUAUAUCGGUUAAUGGUAAAAGAUUCAAUCUUUUUAAUAAUAAUAAUUCCACGACUAUUGGAAAUAUCGCCAUCGACUCAGGAACUACCUUAACCAACCUUCCUACACAAUUAUACAACCAAGUUGAAACAGCCAUCUUACAAGCCAUCAACGUGCAACCAUUUUUUAUAGAGAAUUCAACCAAUCCCUGCUACAGGGAUUUCAGUGGCUCUGAUGUUCCUCCGGUAACAAUGCAUUUUAUUGCAGCAGCUGUGCCUCUAUCCAAGGACAAUAUAAUAUGGCCGGCGGGUCAAGGAAUUUGGUGCCUAGCAUUUCAACCAACGGAAGGUCAAGGUUUCUACUGGAAUGUGGCCCAAACAAACUUCCUAGUCGGUUACGAUCUGAAUAAAAUUAUAGUAUCUUUCAAGCCCACUGAUUGUACUAAGAUGGCUUAA